UCGUGAACAGAACACACACACCCAUCGAUGUUAUGUCUCAAUCAUAAAUUAUAAGUUCAAUUACAUUCUCCAAAUCACAGCAAAGUAUCAGGAGCAUCCAUUGUAUCAAACAUCAAGACAACUUGAAAGAUGGCUACGAAGACGUUGCUUUUCUGUGUCUUGUUGGUGGCGAGUCUGGUUUCAGACUCGCGUGCUUUGGACACGAUGAAAGAAGUCAAAGUGGAUCUGUACACGGGUCGGUGGUACCAGGUGUACGGCAAUUUCUGGUCCAAUUUAUUUGCGGACUCGCAACAAGCAGAGUGCACAACGGCAACAUACAACAAAAUCAACGAAACCUACGUGACUGUAUUCAACAACUACAAGACACGGGACGGCAUUGAGGAUUCUAUCAACGGCUACGCCUUCAUCCCUGACCCGAGUGAUCCUGGCAAACUCCGGGUGGCGCUAGAUGGGGUACCUGGCGAUAGUCCCUACUGGAUUAUCAAGCUUGGCCCCGUCGUCGACGGCCAGUACACCUACUCCGUCGUCUCAGACAACCAGAUGCUGGCCCUCUUCGUGCUGGUCCGUGACGUCAAGACCUACUACGCCCUCUACGACAACGAGAUGUUGGAAUACAUGGAGCUGACUGGGUUCAAUGGGCCCGUCAAUUCACCCAUCCAGGUGUACCAAGGGGACGACUGUGAAUACCCCAAACUCAACUAGGGUGGAUACUUUGAGCCCUGUCCAAUGCGAGAUAGGGCUGGGGAAAUUGGAAUUAACCUUUUUUUUUUAAAGUGUGGCCGACACAAGAGGGCAGUAUCUGGUUUAGGUAAAUGUGGGGAUAUUGGAAUUAACAUGUUUUUAUUAGUGUGGCCGACACAAAAGGAGGGCAGUAUUUGGUUUAGGUAAAUGUGGGUAA